AUGGUUCCCACAUCUCGACCAGACAGCGCUUUGAACAUCAACUUGUCCGGUCUCUCACCCAUCGGCGAGCCUAGCAACUCGAGUGUUAAAUCUCCCUUCAAUGCACCAAAGGUCAGCGCAUCGGCCUUGGGACAAGUAUCAAGAGUAGGGACCAGCUCUCCACUACACGAAUCAGCCCAAAGACUUUUUCCCAAGAGAACUCGGGAGCUACAGACUCCAACUGGUACAUCUGGAAAUAUUUGGGGCCCUCCUACCAGUGGUACCUCGACCCCGCUGUUUGAAAUUCCUGAGUCGCCCAACCAAGAUGGCUUUCCAGAUUUGGUUCCCUUGACCGAGACUGGUAUCAACAGCCCAGCUCGUAGAGGAAGAGCCGGUACCUUGCCUUCUAGGAUAUCGCCGACAGUCACUGGUAGCGCUCCAAACAUCGCCCUCCUUACCUCCAAGACUUCUCGUCCCACGCCCACUACCAGUCCUUUCAGGCCUGGCUCAACUUCUGCUUCGGAGAAAGCCUUUAACAAUGCUCCAGCUGCAUCCAGCACAUCUGCGCUUCUGUCGAGGUUGCGCGCAGGCAGCAUGCCACAGCGUUCAAACAUCUUCAGUGGCUCGACUUUCGUUUCGGCACAUUCUCCAUUCGCAACACCCUGGAACAGCCGCACCCGAGCUGCCACCCUGACCAGCAUCAGUUCGGCAGAAGAUCUCUCGUCCCCUCCACAAUCCACGGUCGGCAGAGAAGAUCCUGGUAUUCGCACCCUAGAUUAUCUGGGUCUGGCUGAAACCUCGGCAACUGACCAAAGUAUGCUGUCUGAAGCCGAUUCAGCGGCCGCGUCUGCUGCUUUCUUGACAAGCUUCGCCAACAAGAACUCAAAUCGUUUCCGCUCCUUCUCUGUCAACACUCAAAAGUUUCCUGGAGCUGCACCAGAUCCUGUCUCACAGAAUUAUCCCGGAGCUGCAAGUGGCACUAUGACCCCAACCGCCGCUGCUGUACUUGAGGCUGAGUACGAAGCUAUACAAGAAAGAGUGAGACUGCAUAAUAAAGCCGUCCAGGACUUUGCACUCAACGCAACUGCUGCCAGACCCCGAGCUCGGACUGCAGGUUUGGUUGACACUCCACAGAGAUCGGUUCUAAGACGGUUUGGCCAACACUUGAUCAAAGAAGGAGACAUAGAAGCUAUGCAAGCUGGAGUGAGCGGAAUGGAUGCUACCAAUGGUGACCUGGUCGCAGCACUCUACAAUCUGAACAUGGAAGAGCAACCCUAUGCAGUGACGAUGCAGGACCCCGUGCAGCCUUCGUUUGACUAUUCAGAUGAGACUCAUUCUCAAGCCUCUCGGUCUCUAUGGAUUGGUAGCAUUCCUAAUUCAACCACGGUGUCAACGUUAGACACGAUCUUCUCCAACUAUGGACUGAUCGAAUCAACACGGGUUUUGACGCACAAAAAUUGCGGUUUCGUUAAUUUCGAAAACAUGCAAGAUGCUGUGCAUGCUCGUUCGUUUCUUAAUGGCAAGGAGAUCUUUCCAGGUGGCGGUCCAGUCCGUAUCGGAUUCGCUAAGGCUCCCUCGAAUGUUGUCACACCAAUACCAGGUGCGAUCUCGCAAUCACCGACAGCAGGGCCUGGCGUGGAUGUGACCACUAGCACGGCCUCGCUCGUACCUGGUGACGGAGCAUCCACAAAACGUAGUGCGGGGCGUUUGGCAGAUACUCAGAAGGAAAUUCUUGAGAUUGUCAAAGACUUUGGAGCGCAAAGUGCUGAUAUGUCAGCCAUCUCCAUAGCCAUUGCUAGCGCUAUCGAUCAUGAGAACCUGCAAAAGGACAUUCCUCCAGCCGUAGAACCCACCCAAAACCGCAUGUUUGAUGCACCAAGGUUGCGGGACAUCCGGAAGAGAAUCGACAAUGGACAGUGUGCCAUUCAAGAAGUGGAGCAGAUUGCUCUAGAGAUGCUUCCUGAAAUUGCAGAGUUAUCUUCAGACUAUCUCGGGAACACUGUGGUGCAGAAGUUGUUUGAGUACUGCUCGGAGGAAAUUCGAGAGCAGAUGUUGCUGUGUAUUGCGCCACAUCUUGCUGAAAUUGGUGUCCACAAAAACGGGACAUGGGCCGCACAAAAGAUCAUUGACGUCUGCAGGACAGAGUCACAGAUUGCAAUCAUUAUCGAACAUUUACGGCCCUACACGAUUCCCCUGUUCCUGGAUCAAUUUGGAAACUAUGUCCUACAAUGCUGUUUGAGAUUUGGUCCUUCAUACAAUGCGUUCAUAUUCGAGACAAUGUUGAGUUAUAUGUGGGAAAUUGCACAGGGCCGUUUUGGAGCACGAGCUAUGCGAGCCUGUCUCGAGUCUCAUAACUCGUCCAAAGACCAGCAGCGCAUGCUUGCCGUGGUGAUUGCUUUGAACAGUGUGCAGCUGGCCACCAACGCGAAUGGCGCAUUACUCUUGACAUGGCUACUCGACACAUGCACGUUCCCUAAGAGAAGAUCGGUUCUCGCACCACGCUUAGUGCCACAUCUUGUUCAAUUGUGUACUCACAAGGUGGCAUAUCUUACAGUGCUGAAAGUGGUCAACCAGCGCACUGAGCCUGAGGCAAGGGAAGCCAUACUAAGUGCUUUGUUCUUCAGCUCGGGAGACACUGUCCUCGAGCAAAUCUUGAGUGACCAAAGUUCAGGAGUCACUUUUGUUUUCAAGAUCGUAACAUCGCCGUUCUUGGACGACAAGGUGCGAUCAGAUGUUAUUCAGAACAUUUCCAAUGUAUUGGUAAGGAUCAAGGCGCAACCGAACCAAGGCUACAAGCGACUGAUGGAUGAGGUGGGGUUGUCUUCGAGGUCAUCACAGAUGGGACAACCAUUCAAUCAUGGUCAUGCUGGCAUGGGAGACCGUUCGAGGCCAAUGUCACAAGCUGGUGGCAGCCACUACAACAAUGGUUAUGCUGCAGGAGUCGAGAAUGGAGGAACGCCCGUGCGAACCAACUCAAAUGAUUCGUAUGGCUAUGCUGGCUUUGGCAUGAAUGGCUAUCAGGGGCAGCAACAAGGGUAUGGAAACAUGUCGUAUCAGCAGAUGAAUCCACAAGCACCAUAUCAGAACUUUACGACACCUGGAUCCCGGAACAACACUAGCGGAAGCUACAUGGGCAACGCUUUCAGUGGAUACAACACACCACCCCCCACAGUGGACUAUCGCAACAUGGCAGGUCACUCAGGCUCGCCUGUGCCAUUUGCAUCGCAGAUGAGCCCUAUGGUCAACCACAAUGGAUUCACACAAGGCUACAACGCACAACAGAUGCAAGGCAACAUGUACAACUACGGCAACAAUGGGGUUCAACAGUCGAUGUACGGAUACAGUCCGCAGAUGCAGCCCAUCCAUGCAGGUGGAAGAGGCAGGCGGCGUUGA